AUGCGAAGCAACCCGGUGCGAGGUGUAUCACGGAAAGGAAACAGUGUUAAUCGAUGGAGUAAUAAUAUAAUACCGUAUACUCUCUCGUCCCAAUACUCAGAGGAACAGAAGAAAAUCAUCCGGAACUCUCUGGCAACCCUAGAAAGCAUUUCAUGUUUUCGUUUUGUACAACGGACCACGGAGCGCGACUUCCUUGUCAUUGUGCCUUUGGAUGGAUGCUACUCUUUCGUUGGAAAGAUCGGCGGUCCUCAAAAACUUUCACUUGCCGCCGAUUGUGUCGCUGAUUACAUCGUAUGGCACGAAAUGAUGCAUGCUAUUGGAUUUGAACAUGAACACCAACGUCCGGACCGAGACAACUUCAUCCGGGUCGUGUACAACAAUGUGCAACCUGGGCAGAUCGCGAAUUUCGAGAAACUUUCUCCGAAUGAGGUGGAUUAUGACGAUGAAUACGAUUAUGAAUCGAUUAUGCACUAUGACUCUUACGCAUUCGGCCGACGGGAUCCGAGAAGCAGUCGAAGACUCGCCACCAUGAUCCCGAAAAAGUUUCAGAAAGGAGUAGCCCUCAACGACAACCUAAAGAUGUCACCCGCAGAUAUACGAAAAUUAAAUGAGUUAGGAAAGUGCAACAACAACAUCCAAGAAGAGAAACAUUCCUUUUUAAAAGAAGAAGAAAGCGUGGAAUGUAUUGAUGAAAUAGGUUAUUGUGGGGGAAUGUGGGAGGGGGGAUUCUGCACCAUGGAAUUUUAUCGACCAACAAUGCUUAAGUAUUGUGCGAAGACAUGUGGUCUCUGCGAUGGAGCAGCUAUGGAUAUGGAACCGGAAAACGAACAGUCAGGAAAACAUAUAGGCGAGGAGUCGUCUCCGGAUUGUAAAGAUAAGGAUCCUCAAUGUCCGUUCUACGCUCGCAACGGAUUUUGUACGGAUCCAUUCUAUGAGGGGAUUCGAGCAGUUAGAUGUCCGUAUAGUUGUAAUUUAUGCGGCGCUGUUUCGAGCAGUUCCUCUCCGACCACUUCUUUCUUAUCCACUUCCUUCUAA